GAAAAUUUGCUGCUGAAUUUACAUCAUUUUCGUGAAAUUUAAUAGCUUAUAAUUUUAAAAUCACAUGCUGCUACAGUCCUCAGUCAAGCGGCAGCAAUGGCCAAGAAUGGCUGGGAGGUUUUCCUUGCCAAAAAGCGACCUCUGGACAAUGAACAACACCCUGGCGAUAGUGGUCCAGACAGCGGCCAGAAGCGGCAAAAGGUGGCGCAGACUUCGCCACAUGCGACUAAGUGUAGCAAGAGUGAUUUGGCCAGUCUAUUCCCUAACUUGUUCAGACUAACAAAUGCUAAGCUGUCUACUGCAAAUAAGAAUGGGCGUAGAGUUGAAAAAAAUUCUGACCUUGUGGAAAGAGGAACUGUUGAAACAGCCUCAGCUUCUUCAAAGAUUGCAUCUGAGAAGACAGUAAGGAAUGAUUGGAAGAUACUUCCAACUCAGCACCAUUCAGGGGUCAGAGAUAAGUUUUUCACUACAAGAAAUAUGGUUGUCACAAACGUCAAGGUUCACAAUGAAGUCAAGUAUAGGGUCUUCAAGAUGAAAAACAGUGCGCAGAACAGAGCAAAAGCUACAUCAAAGAAGAGAUCUGAUGCUAGUCAACUCAAGUCUUCAACUGCCAAGUUGAACACAACAAAGACUGAUUCUGAAAACAGUCUUUCCGAUCAAGAAUCGGUGAAAGUUAAAUGGAACUUCACUGCCAGGGGCAAAAAAAAUUCCUUGAAAACAAAAUCAAACGAGACAUCUCAGCAGCCUGCUUUUGCCAUGAACAAAGAACAAACUUCUGUGAAAACUACAGAAAAACCGGCAGGCGAGAAAAUUUCACAAGCAAAUCAGGCUUCCAGUAAGGAUUUAGUUUCGAAUGAUUUAUACCAAAGUAAAAUUUCACGCGAUCACUGCUCAAAUAGCGAUAAAAAUACUGACUCUACAGUGGGAUGUUCUGGCCUUCCUUCUGGAUCAUCAUGCACAGGCAGUAAUGUAUUGAAUGCUAGCGACCAUCAAAGAGACUGCGCUAUAUCUUCUCACCCUAUUGAGGAUGGAGAGCGUAAAGCCAAAGUAUUCAAGAAAGAAAACGAGUGUUCCUCUUCAGACUGGGACAACAAAGAUGGCAAACUUACGUCUGGGUUGAAUGAUAAAGAUACAGAAUUAUCACACGAUCAGUCAGAGGCCGCCGAUUCUUUAGAUUUCAUCAAAGAAGAAAUGAUUGACGACGCUGACAGUAAUCCUGUUGAGGACCUCGAAGAUUCUCUCGUUGACAACAUCCUUGCUAAGUAUUCAGACGUGCUACCUAAAGCUGCCAAACUUCUCAGUGAUUUUUAUGGUAUAUCUUGUCCGUUUCCUUCCAAAGCCGUAUCUAUCACGCCAGCAUCUCAAGUGUCUUCAUCUUCUGCUAUCAAGGAAGAAAAAUUCUCGAGUGAAGUUGGAGCGCAAGUUGGAAUAAAUAAUGGCGAAAACACUUUCACAAUAUCUCCCGUAGUGAAGCGAGUCCCGUCUUCAAUACUUGAGCCGCAAGUUCUCAUCCACGAGCCUGGAAAUAGUUUGUCUAUGUUUGAAGACUAUGGCGAUGUGGUAGUAAGCGAUCACGAAGUUUUCAGUGAUGUUGAGAGCAGUGAAGAUGAAUCAGAAGGAAAGGACUACCGUAAUAUGGAAUAUAUUCGACAUAUCAGACGCCAUAUUGGCGUGACGCAAUACAAUCCAGCUGUGAUACUUGAUACUGGUAAGGUGGUCGCGCCUCAAACUGUUCUACGGACCUCGCAGAGCCCAGUCCCAGCAGCCCAGGAUGCUGAUGUUGUGUCGUCGGUCCAGGCAGCUCUGUUGGCUCGUCCAGCUUUAACUAUUACUCCUGUUCAAGGUUUGAAUGCCACAAAAGAGCCAGAUCAAAGUUUUGGUCGUUCUUUAAAAUCAAAUUUAGGUUCUCACGACAAUAAUCAGAACAUUUUCGGCUUUAAUAGCAUGUCUUCUUGUGCAAGUGGUGUGAACAGUGCAAUCUCUGAAAAUUCUUUGAAUAACGUGUUAACCAGUAAAUCAAAUAAAGAUAAAAAAUCUAUGAAUAAUCUCAAAGCUCCCGACUCAACUUUGACGAAUUAUUCCAAAAAAUCCAAAUCUCCGGAAUCUCCAUCGAAGGCAUCUUAUUGUAUUAACCCUAGAACUCCUCACUACCCUGCCGUGAUGAGUGCUACGCGCGGGUUGGCUGCUCCAGUAGUGAAAGAGUCGACCACGUCUUCUCCUGUGAUACGCCAGCAUUCAAUUUCUUCACCUACGACUGUGCCAACAGUUACUUCUCCUAACUAUGUAAUGUCUAAUCCUGCCACAACGUCUAGAUGGAAUCAAAUGGAUUCUCCUGCAACUUCCAUGAUCCUUUCUAGCAACAGUAGUCAGAUGACCUCUAGAUCAGAUGCUCGAACAAGCUCAUCAAUUUCUAGUGCAGUUGUGUCAGGUGGGAACACAACGUUAGUUAGAUUCGGAACACUGCUGAUUUCUAAGGCUUCAACUUCGAUACAUAAUACUUCAAGCACUAAUCACUCUGUAGAUUCGCAUAUUUCGAAAUGUGAUGCAAAAAACAUAAUUGUGGGCAAUACGAUGAACGUUCCAACUUCUUCCAAUGAAAAUAGCUUAAUACCUUGCAGUAGUAAUGCUCCCGUUCAAACAGCUACCAACAAGACACCCUUAACUUCAGUGAGUGCUCCUUGUCUGUCGAGUACCUCGCUAACCCAAGCCACGUCCACCACACAGACGUUCUUGGUGCAGCCUCAUUCAGUUGCCGGUGAGCCUAAGCCCCCCAUGCUGCUGGUCAGAGCUAACAGCAUUGAAGACGUCAAGAAUUUGUUCUUAAAGAGGCAGAUUGUGUUUGGUCCGAGACCCGCUGUGGCCACCACAUCCCAGACUUGUGUUAACAAGGUGCCCGUGAGCGCCAUAGCUUCAAUGGCUAAUGGAAGUGAUUCUGUCACCACUACAUCUUCAUCACCUGCUACAUCGUCAUCGUGUAAUUCACAUAGAAUUGUUCUUUCUUAUUCAAAGAAAGGUUACUCAAUAGCUUCUAGUACGCUUAAAUGUGCGGUCGAUGUAGACGCUCAUGUGAAAAACUCGGCAACGAAGAAGUCUUCAGAUCUCGGCUUUGAGCUCUUCCCUUCUGUGAAACCCUUCAGUAUCGUGUUGAAGUCUUCCGACAUAGUUGAUCUGAAAGGCAAAACUACAGUUAAUGUCAAUGAAUUGGUUGUACAGAAUGGAAGGUUGUGCGUUCAAGACAGUAAAGCGGAAGUCAAACGCGAGGAAGUUUAUGCUCCACCAGAGCUUCUCUCAACGUCUCCAAGUCCUCCUUACAUUCUUCCUACUUGCGCCAGUCCUCCCCUGGAUGUUGUCUUAACGGAGGAGUCUAAGUUCAGUCUUGCAACUUCAAAUUAUCCAAAAUUACAUGAAAAUCAAACUAUUAGCGCCAAAAAUGAGCACGAUGUUUGCGAAGCAUCCGUUGGCAGCUGCGCUGAAGUCGAAAUCAAGCAUGAGCCUGAUGUGUCUGAUCCUGACGAUACAUCAGCUUGUCAGGAUUUAGGUAAUCCAAUUAAAACUGAUGUGUUGAAUGAGACCAAAGCUUCACUGGGGAUGACUAGCUCUUGUACCAGAGUCACUGUCAGCAACGGUUUAGCUAACUCAUUUACCCUCUCUUCUCCAACAGCGGAUAGUCCUCGAUCUUGUACUGUUUCUUCGGCACUAAGCUUAUCUGGUGCUGUUAACACUGUACCGAUAUCGUCUUUUGAAAUAGUCUUGAAUAAAGGAAUUAGUCAAGCUGUUGGCUCGUAUAAGUCUAGCUGUAGUCCUCCUGUGCUAUUGGACCAACAACAGCCUCAAAGAUCCUCUAGUUUGUACGCUCCCAACAUGUCUCAGCCCGCAAGUUCGCUUGCUGCAGCCGAUGCUACACGCAGUAAUGGCGCUGCAAUAUCCGAUACGUCUGAAGUUGUGGAAGUCUCUGCAGUGCCCCAUCGAGACACUACUACUACUGGUAGUAGUGUCACUACUAGUGGUAGUAGUGUCUCCUGCCAGUUGAAAGUUGCGGAGGUCUCUGCAGUGGAGGAAGACGGUGAGAGAGACUCUGGUGCAAAGAAGAGCAAAUGUCGCGUCAAGUCGACGUCAACUUACGCGAGGCCGAGGCUCGCUGUCAAGAACUCGCUUGCUCUCAUGGCGCCUACUGCCACCAGUUGUGAUGCUGACAUCACCGCUGCUGAGCCAUCACUAGCCGGCACUGCGGAUCAGCUCGCUUCGCUGUCGCUGGCGCGCCCGUUGUUCACGACGUCCCUCUACUUUGACUACAACGCGACGACGCCCGUCGCUAGCUACGUCCAGGACGUCAUCGUCAGGACCCUGCAGAAGGCCUGGGCCAACCCCAGCUCCUCGUACCCCCUGGGGCGCCGGGCCAGCCGGGCCGUGGAUAAGGCCAGGGUCCGCGUGGCGACCCUGCUCGGUUGCCGGCCCGAGAACAUCGUCUUCACGUCAGGGGGCACUGAGGUCAGUGGGUCAAGUGAGGUCAGUGGGUCAAGUGAGGUCAAGCUGACGGUGGUGGGGUGGCGGCGGCUGACGGAGGAGUUGACCAAGCACGUCAAGUGCAACACGUGCCUCAUCUCCAUCAUGCUCGCCAACAACGAGAGUGGCAUCAUCCUGCCUGUGGCGGAGGUGGCGAGGAAAGUAUACGAGGAAGUAAGCAAGGCGCGGCGGCAGCGGAAGCUGUUCUCAGUGCUCGUGCACACGGACGCCUCGCAGGCCGUCGGCAAACUCAACGUCGACGUCGACGAUCUGGGCGUGGACUACCUGACGCUUACGGGGCAUAAGUUCUACGGUCCACGGGCUGGGGCGCUCUACGUACGCGAGGACCCCAAGGGCUUCUUGCCGGUCUACCCUCUCUUGUAUGGAGGGGGCCAGGAGAGAGGGAUACGGCCUGGCACGGAGAACACUGCGAUGAUCGCUGGUCUGGGCGCCGCCUGCAAGCUCGCGCACGACAACAUCGCUGCCAUCUACAGCAAACUGAAGAAAACGCGAGGCUACCUCGAGACAUGUCUUAAGGCAAAGUUCGGGCGAGACCUGAAGCUGAACUGCCUGGAGCCCUGUGUACCCGAUGACCCCGACGCGUGCGUGUCAGCCCACCUCUCCCUGGGGGGCGCCGGCCCCAUACUCGUCUUCCCCCGCAUCCCCAACACCACCAGCGUCACUUUCAACUACCCACAGGUGACGGCGCAGGCGCUGCUGCAGGUCUGCCCUAACCUCAUGGCCAGCGUCGGCGCCGCCUGCCACUCUGCCGGCGCUCCGGAGUACAAGAAUAGUGAGUGGUGUGAGGGUGUGGAUAUCAGGUGGACUGUUGCGCCUUACAGUGUGAACACCAGGUGGACUGUGGUGCCUUAUAGUGUGGACGUCAGAUGGACUGAGGCGCCUUACAGUGUGGACGUCAGGUGGACUGAGGCGCCUUACAGUGUGGACAUCAGGUGGACUGUUGCGCCUUACGGUGUGGACAUCUGGUGGACUGUGGUGCCUUACAGUGUGGACAUCUGGUGGACUGUUGCGCCUUGUAGCAACGCGUGGACCAUCAGUUGCAGCCAAAGUCCCAUGAAGGUCCGUGGUUGGCAGUAG